UAUUAACACAAAAAAAGAAGAGUAACUUUUAGUAUAAAACUUGAUUUAAACCUGAACUUAUUCGAAGUUGCAGUUAUUUCUAUGUAAACGACCUUUCUUCCUUUUAAUGAUGAGUUAGUUUGAAAAAGCGGGAACAUCCUAGUACGGCCAGCCUUAGCAAGUGAAGAAUUCAUAAUCUUAGAAGUUUGUACCGGCCAUUAGAAUGAAUACUGUAUCAGGUUUGCAACAUGUUGCAGCAGCAACCCCCACCAUCCAGCAGGAGGGUUUCCGGUCUCUUCCAGCGCAUGAGGUGCGCUCGGGCACAAUGAAGCAAUCCCGCCCUCUUCCCCGCUGGCUCUGGUACAUCAUCGCCAAAUCCCUCGGAAUCAAAACCCAUCCCAAAGACAAGCCCUGGUUUGCCACCAUCCUCUACGUCCUGACCCUCAUAUGCACCGUCGGUUACUUCAUCAACUACACCUGGUACACCGUGGCGGACAUCGUCUCCCAGAACACCACCUUCGAUUCUCUGAAUGGCACCGUCAACAUCAUCAUGGCCAUGGGCUUCUGUGCCGUCAGCGUCUACGCCAACAACCUUGCCUUCCGUCUCUUCACGAACCGUCUCUUUGUGCAGAGCGUGAGGCUCCACACCAAGACCUUCCUCAAGCUAAACUCUGCCGUCGUCAUCGGGCUGCUGGGUAUGAUGUUCAUUGGUCUUUACAAUUAUGAUAACUUCAAUCUAUUUCACGCCGAGACCUGUAUUGCUGUUUCUAUAUCACCGUGGAUAUGCUAUGUGCAAUAUAGCUGCCUUGUAGGAUUGACCGUUUUCUCAUUCGUGUGGAACAUGCUGGUAGCAGUGGUGUGCUUGUCCGUUUGUCGCACUCACACGAUAAGUGUUCGCCAUUUUCUCCUCGAGUUAGACGAGGAUGCCAUGAUCUGCCAUAUCAACAACUUUCAUCAUCAGAGAGGUCGACGACGUCGCCACACAACCAGCCUUGUGGAGGACCAGGUGGAUGGAGCCCACAAUGCAAGCGUAAACGACAGCACCCAUGCUGGAUAUCAAAAUCUAGCCUCUCCAACCUCUGAAGAAGUCAUCAAAGAUCUUGAAGAUGAGUGGGAUAUGAAUGAGUAUGAAAGGAGGAAGCAGUCCGUCACUAGACUUCAUCGUACCAGCAUGGGUGUAGAUUCUGUCGAUGGUGAUCUCUCCAACCAUGAUGUCUGGGCUAACCUCCUGGCUUCUGGUAUGGAGGGUGCUGGACAGACCAAUACUGGAGAGCCAAGAAGUCAGCUUCCUUCGGAAUACAGCCACGUGCCAGGGCUCAAGAUCUUAGAGAAUAAAGAAAUACUGGAAAAAUAUUGGAGAUUGCAGUGCCGACUACGUACCACAUCCCACUGCAUCCAGCGAUGGCUUCUCAGCUGGAUUGUUCUUCUCAUCUUCUGGAGUGUGGUGUAUCUCCUCUACUGGAUCAGCCAUGAGGCAUCCAUCAUUGAUAUGUUCCUCUUCCUGCUGCCCUUGGCCAUCCUACCCAUGCUGUGUGCUGGACCGACAGAGGUCAACGGUGAAGGUCACAAGGUGCCAAAGAGCAUCUGCCCCACAGAAGACCGACUGAGAAUCAUCGCUUUCAUCAAACAAUCUCCUCUCUCUUUGACAGUGUUUGGAUUUGAGUUGAGCUACUCCUCCGUCUUCACCACCAUCGUAGCUAUAGCACUUGCCUUUGCCACCAAGAUCAUCCUGCAGGAUGUGUCGGAUACCCCACAGAUCCCCGCCGCCACAUUUGCACCAACUGUGCAGGUGGUGACACCUAGCCUUGGACUUUGAUGGGUGACACCUCUAAAGGUGUUCCACAGGGAUGUAUAAUGGAACCCCUUCAGUUUGUCACUAUGCCACUUGUAGAGCUUGAUACUCUUGAUGGAGACAUCUUCUCUCACCUUUGCGCACUCUGACAAUUGAUACACUAUGAUCCACUUGAAUGCCCAAGUUGGAGCUUUAAAGAAAAUUUCUUGCUGCUCAUGCCUUGGGGUGUCCAAGACAGUAACAUGACCAUGCAGUAACAGCAAGCUUUGAGUAUUGACAAAAGCUACAAUUGUGUGCUUCUCAAUGAUGAUCAUGCCUAGGAGCAUCCUAGACGAUCAGGUGGUUCUGAUGGAAUUUCACAGAGCAUACAUGCAUUAUCACAGUGUCUGGGACCCUAGAAUUUCUUGCCAUUAUUACCACACUUUCACUGACAACUGUAGAAAGGGACAUCCAGCAGAAGUCUUUGUUCAUGAAAAUAAUCUCUUGAUGCACUCUCCUUCAACCAUCUUGCAAUUCAUUUUUCUGAGACCUUGCCGCUCUACCACUUGCAGACCAGGGGAGUUUUUCAUGCAACAAAUCAGUGAUUCUCACAGAUAAAUAUGCUGUUGGCCAGUCAGAUGCAAGGAAAUCACUGAUUAUUUGUUUCACAAAUGAUGCCCUGCUUAAGCAAUGAUCUGCCAAUGUCAGGGCUUUGGCAUCCUCUACCUCGACGCAAGAAUGCUUCAAAAACACUGGUAAGGUACAUGUAUAUGCCAUCAAUAUAAUACAUCAGACUGCAAAAGUCAAAUAAGUCAAAACUCAAAGCAUUAUUUCAGACCUGAAUAUGCAAGACAUAACUCUAAAAGUAUUUUUAACUGCCAUUCUUCUCUGAAGCAACUUAGAUCAUGAACUGCCAUACUACUUAAACACUUAAAUCAUCUUUAUCCUCACAGUGGUUCAUCUAAGGUUAUCUUCAAGCAUGUAUUGUACUAAAAAACUCAUUGUUGCUGGGAAUAUAUUUUGGAUCCUGUAGGAUCAGAUACCUAAAUUGUUAUGGAUGAUGUUUUUCCACACCCAAUAGUUUAUUUAUCAAGGAUGUACUUGCUACUUUAUUAUCUGGGUAUAGGUUUUAAUAAACCAUUAUUGUCUUCCAGGAAACGUACCAAAUCUUGCCUUACCACCUCAAUGUCAUAUUAGACAGAAUAGACAGAUUUUAAUUGCAUUAAUGUGGAGCGUUGUAGCCCAGUGGAUUAGUCUUCGGACUUUGAAACGGGGUCGUGGGUUCAGAUCCCAGCCAUGGCGUAGUUU